AUGAGGACACGGGAUAGAAAGUGCGAAGAGACAGAAGAAAGACACUUCUUCGUGAAUGGGUCUUUAGAAAGAACACACAAUAACCUAAAAGGCACAGUGAAGUAUCCGAGGAACAUCAUAUGCAACCAAAGAUACUCUCUCUUUACAUUCCUCCCAAAAGUAUUUGCACAGCAGCUGAAACACUUUCUUAACGUUUUCUUUAUUCUUGUAAUGGUUAUGCAGCUGUUCCCACCCGUCAGAGUGUCUCAUCCGCUUACCUCCAUCUUCCCCUGGACUCUUGUUCAGAUCUUCGUAUACAUAAAAGAAGGCGUAGAUGACUACAAAAGAUACAGAAGAGAUAGAGAAGCAAACGACAAACAGUGCACCAGAUAUACAGAAGGAGGGCCUGUAAGAGUGCCUGCGUCAGAGAUAGCUACAGGCGAUUUGAUUAUUGUAGGAAAAGACGAAAGAGUGCCCGCUGAUGCAAUUCUCCUGAAAACAGAAGACGACUCAGGAUCCAUCUUCGUACGCACAGACCAACUGGAUGGAGAAACCGAUUGGAAGAUAAAAAUGAGCCCGUCCGUCUUCCAAAACGCAACUUUUGAUGAAAUAGCAAAAAAAUACUUUGAAAUCGAAGCAGAGGCACCGAGUAAAGAGAUAUACUCGUUUUCAGGCAAGCUGUAUGUAGACGGCAUACAGUACACCGUGCACGAAGACAAUAUGCUGUGGAUGAACAUGGUUAUAGCAAGCGGCACUUCGUUGUGUGUUGUAGUUUAUACAGGAAAAGACACCAGAGCAGUUAUGAACACAACCAGAGCGAGGAACAAGUCAGGGCGCAUAGACACGGAGCUAAACUUCUACACAAAAAUAUUAUGUACAGCUUCGUUCUCAUUUGCUGUUCUGUUUACAGCCCUGCGAGGCACAUACUCUCUGUGGUAUAUCACGCUGGUGAGGUUUAUAAUUAUAUUUUCCACCGUUAUUCCGAUUAGCUUACGAGUGAACAUCGACUGGGCUCGGCUGGUCUACGCGAGAACAAUGGAGAACGACGUAGACACAUCAGUUGUCGUCAGAAACAGCAACAUUCCAGAAGAGCUCGGGAGGAUAUCUUACAUUCUAACGGAUAAAACAGGAACACUAACUAAAAAUGAGAUGGAAAUAAAGAAGAUGCACACGGGAGACCUGUGCUAUACGCCUGACUUUGUGCAGGAGAUACGAGAGAUAGUGCACAGCCCUAAAUCACCGGCAGAUCACUCGGCUAGAACUCUGCUGCUGGCUAUGUGCUUAUGCAAUAAUGUUAUACCAUACACCGAGAAAGAAAGCAACAAAAAAAAUAACGAUCUUAUUGUCCAAAGCAGCCAUAUUAACAAGGAAGCAGAUAAGAGCCUGGAUGGAGCAAGCAGCUCAGGAAACACAAACAAUAACAACUCGAAUAGUGCAGAAAAUAUUACCGAGGAUGGAUAUAUCAGCAGUAAUUUAAACAACAUAGAAGAUGCAGCUGAAAGUAAUUAUGUCAGCACUGGGAACAGAAAUAACGAAGAUUUUGUUCAGAAUGAAAAUAGCGCUAGAAACGAAGAUAGCAGUGCAAAUGGCGAGUCUGCAGCUGCUAAUGAUGAAGUGGGGUACAUAUCUUCAUCGCCUGAUGAGAUCGCCAUGGUCCAAUGGGCAUCUCGUGUCGGAAUGACCCUCUGCGGCAGAGGCCCUGGGUGGGUGGAGGUGCAAGAGCUGGACAAUGACCCGAUUAGAUACGAAGUGCUGCACUCAAUACGGUUUACAAGCGAGAAAAAGUGCAUGGGCGUAGUAAUACGCUCUAAAGACUCAACGUAUCUCUACAUGAAAGGAGCAGACAGCGUAAUGAAACACAUGGUCACUGGAAGACUCUCAGGAUGGAUGGACGAAGAGGCAGAAGCAAUGGCAAAAGAAGGACUCAGAACAAUGGUGUUUGGAAGAAGACGCAUAUCAAAUGAAGAAGCAGAAGAACUGAUCCUAUCGCAGCAGAAUAUGUCAGAUGACCAGCAAAAAGGGCUAGACCUACUGGGAAUAACAGGAGUAGAAGAUAAGUUACAGGACGGCGUAAGAGUGUCUCUGGAGACCCUUAGGGACGCAGGCAUUAAAGUGUGGAUGCUCACAGGAGAUAAGGUAGAAACAGCGAGGUGUAUCGCCAUAUCCUCUAGACUGUUCCCCAGGUGCAGCACUAUUCUUACAAUUGCAUCGAUAAGAACAAGACAGGACGCAGACAUAGCGCUAAAAAAAAUACAGAGAGAAAGAGACUGUCUGAUAAUUGAUGGAAUGAGUUUGCAGGUGCUGAUGGAUAUACACAGAAACGAGUUUAUAUUGGCGCUGAUGAAUAUGACAGCUGUGGCCUACUGCAGAUGCUCGCCAACCCAAAAGGCAGAAAUAGCCAGAGCACUCUCAGACAUAUCGGGGGAAAGAGUGUGCUGCAUAGGAGAUGGAGGCAACGAUGUAAGUAUGAUACAGCAGGCAGAUGUGGGCAUAGGAAUAGUGGGAAAAGAGGGGCGGCAGGCAUCACUUGCCGCUGACUUCAGCAUCAAUGAGUUUAAAUCUUUGAUCGAUUUGAUUUUGUGGCACGGGCGAAAUUCGUACAAGAAUACAGCAAAAUUGGCACAGUUCAUCAUACACAGGGGGACUACGCUGGGAGUGGCACAGGGAAUAUUUUCGUCGCUGUUUAGCUUCUGUCCUAUCUCCAUAUACCAGGGCAAGAUAUCGAUAGGCUACGUGACAUUCUACACUUUCUUGCCGGUGUUUAGCAUUGUGCUAUCCAAAGAUAUGGCUAAAAAAGUGUCCAGAAAGUUUCCUGAGCUGUACUCGGAUAUAUCGAAUGGAAGCGUUCUGAACGACACAACAUUCAGCAUGUGGAUGUUCAUGGGCUACUAUCAGGGCGUGGUGAUUAUGGUUCUUACUUUGGUCUUCUUCGAGAAUGCCCUGAUACAGCUGGUCAGUAUUACCUUUUCUUGUCUCGUGCUGAAUGAGCUCCUGAUGGUUUUUCUCUGUGUCAGCAGAGUUCACAAAGUUAUGAUAGUCGCGCAAAGUGUGUCUAUUUUGAUGUACUUAGUCAGUUUUAAAGUGCUGUCCGAUGAAAUAUCCAUUCCAAAAGAGUGGAGAAAGUUUUUAGUGCAGAUCAUUCUCGUAAAUAUGGUGGCUAUACUUCCUGCUAUUGUCCAGUGGGCGUGGAGGCUGUGGAUGAACCCUCCGAGCUAUAGAAAGAUACAGGCAGCAUACAGCUACUAG